AUGGAGCCUUUUUACACCCCUAUAAGCAUCCCCAACAUUUCCUACUCUUUCACUUCCAUCCCUCAUAAUAACACCGGAAACUUGGCAAGUCCAUGGAUGGACCCUCGCAUAUGGAGCCGCCUCCCCCAACGGCUCCUGGACCGAAUCCUGGCCUCUCUCCCUCCACCGGCCUUCUUCCGCUCGCGAGCCGUCUGCAAACGCUGGUACUCUCUCAUCUUCUCCCCCACCUUCCUGGAGCUCUACCUCCACGCCUCCCCCCGCCGCCACUGGUUCCUCUUCUUCAACCACCAAAACACCCUCAACAACAUCUACAAGAACAAAAACCACCCGAGUCGGGCCCACGUGGGCUACCUUCUCGACCCGGAGAAUCUGAAAUGGUACCGCCUCCCGAUCCCCGGAGUCCCGCCGGGAUUCUCUCCGGCCUCGUCCUCCGGCGGGCUCGUCUGCUGGGUCUCAGACGACGGCGGCUCGAAAACCGUCCUCCUCGGAAACCCGCUCGUCGUCGGGAACUUAAUCCAACUUCCGUCCACUCUUAAAGCGAGGCUCUGCCCUUCGGUGGGGAUGGCCGUGACAGACUCCUCCAUCGACUUGAUUCUCGCCGGAGACGACCUCAUCUCGCCGUACGCGGUGAAGAACCUGACCUCGGAGAGCUUCCACGUGGAUUCGGGGGGGUUCUACUCGAUAUGGGGCACGACGGCGGCUCUCCCGAGGCUUUGCAGCCUGGAGUCUGGGCGGAUGGUUGACGUGGGUGGGGGACGAUUCUACUGCAUGAACUACAGCCCCUACAGCGUGCUCUCCUACGAGGCCGCGGGGAACCGCUGGGGGAAGAUUCAGGCGCCCAUGCGCAGGUUCCUCAGGUCGCCGGGGCUGGUCGAGUGCCGGGGGAGGCUCCUUUUAGUGGCGGCCGUGGAGAAGAGCAAGCUCAACGUGCCCAGGAGUCUGAGGCUGUGGGCCCUGCAGGACUGCGGGACCGCGUGGGCCGAGAUCGAGAGGAUGCCACAGCAGCUUUACGGGCAGUUUGCGGAGAUGGAGGGAGGGAGGGGGUUCGGGUGCGUGGCCGGAGGGGAUUUCGUGCUGGUCAUGGUAAAGGGCUCAAAGGCGGCCAUCAUGUUCGACUUUGGGGACAAGAGCUGGACGUGGGUCCCACCGUGCCUCUUUGUCAACAGUGAAGAUGAUGCCGAGCUUAAUGGGUUUGCAUAUGGGCCGAGGAUUGCGGUGCCCAUUACGGGUCUGCUCCACCAGCUCACGAUGCCGUUUAAUACUUACGCUAGCUAG